GGAGGUAAAAAUCGAAGAAGGGGGAAGAACGAGAACGACAACGAGAAGCGCGAGCUGACCUUCAAGGAGGAAGGACAAGAGUACGCUCAAGUCACCAAGAUGCUCGGUAACGGCCGGCUCGAGGCACAGUGCUUCGAUGGCACACGGCGCCUGGCCCAUAUUCGCGGCAAGCUGCGGAAGAAAGUUUGGAUCAACCAGGGCGAUAUCAUCUUGCUCUCGCUGCGCGACUAUCAGGACGAAAAGGGUGAUGUGAUUCUCAAGUACACGGCCGACGAAGCCCGAAGUCUGAAGGCAUAUGGCGAGCUUCCCGAGAAUGCGAAGAUCAACGAGACCGAUACAUACGGUGAACAAGGCGACGAGGGCAUCGGCUUUGAGUUUGACGAGGACAGAGACGACGAGAGUGAUUCUGACAAGGAGAUUGAUGUAGAUGACAUUUGA